AAUGUCUAGGAUAAUAUUAUAUAGAUCAUUAAACACCGUUCGAUUAAAUAUUGUGUGAACAAUAUCAUAUCUAUAAACAUUUACUAUCUUAACGUAUGACACGAUAACGUCUAUACUCCAAUUUUAACUAAAAAUGUCUAACAUUCACCAAAACUCAAUUGUGAAUGUCAACACUCACCGAUAAUCGUUGCGAAUGUUAACAUUCACCGGUGACUGUUGGCAAAUUUUUAAUAUCCAUUCAAAAUGUUGACAUUCACCAAAAACAGCAGUGAAUGUCAACAUUCACCGGUGAAUGUCAACAUUCACCAAAUGUCGUCAUUCACCUUAACAUAUAUAUCAUAUCCGCGUUUAAAAAUUGUAUACGAUAACUUAUGCGUUAAUAUUUUUUCUGAUGAAAUUUAAGCGUAAAGAUCACUUCUUAAUUGGUUGUACCGAUGAAAAUUAACAAAGUGCGCAUUAUUGUUUUUAUUUGAUUUUUUUGUCGUUUGUUUUGAAUUAAGUAAAUUAAUCUAUUAUCAAACUUUUAGGUAAGUAUAUUAUAUGUGCUUAAGCGUUGGCAUUUAUUCGAUAUUUAAAUGUUUUAAGCGUGAUAUGAGCAUUUUUAAUUUGAGAUAUUUCACAUGCCCAUCUCUUGCUUGAAAAUAAAAAUAUUGAAAAAUCAAAGAAGCUUAAGCACAGAUAAUGUUCUUACAAAUGAUAAUUAUAAUAGGACAAUUCACUCUAAUAUAAAAACUAACGGCACACUAUUAAAACAAGUGAUUGAAUAUUUGCUAUGUCUUACGUUUCUAAGACGGAGACAAUAAAACUAUGCAACCCAUCCUUUUAAUUCUCGUUUUAUGUGAUAUAACUGAUGUGAGCUUGGUUAAUAUUUAGGGUAAACUCCAAUAAUUAAAAAUGAAUAUGUGGUGUAGAUUACUAAAAAUACUAUUUAGAUGUGGUGCAAAUUACAUACAAACUUUAAUGUAGGUACCUAUAUAAGUUGCGCUAAUUUAUUACAAGUACUAAAAUUUGCCCAAAAUACCAUAAUAUCCUAUAUUAAGAACUACCACAGUACUGACUACAAAAAGGAGUAUAGAAAUUAGGAGCACGAUGUACAUUGUACAUAAUAUUAUAAUAUUAUUAUAUUAUCGACAUCGUGAGUAGGAGGAAUAAGCUAUAUGAGUUUAAAUAAGUCGAAAAGAUAUUUAUACUAUAUCUAGUAUAUUCUUCCAAAAAAAAAAAAAAAAUGGAUAAUCGGUCCGCCGAGGCUGUGCUGCCACCAAAUAAUAUAACAGAUUACCGGCAGGUAGUGGUUAUGCCUUUGCAGUCAUACGGUUUAUUAUUAAAGUCUAAGAGUUCAUUCCUGGGUAAAAUGUUAUUAUUUUAAAAUUUAAAAUAGAUAAAUGAUUUUAUAAAAAUUGUUGUAUUAUAAUAUAAUAUUACGCUAUAUUUUAAGUUUAAAAAGUAAUAAAAUAAAUAGAUACUGGCUUAAAAUAAGAUGAAGUCAGUCAAUUCUAAUCGAUUAUAAAUAGAACAUUAUAGUAACCAAAUAAUUGAACGAAAAACCAUUACGUAAUAAAUCAAUUCUUUACCAAUAGAAGCAAGCCGUCAACAUACUAGAGGAAAAUGGAGAAGAAACUUUACCUUUGCGUUGUAUGUGACAAGUCGUACAGUGAAAGUGGCCAUUAGAUGACACAUCGACGUACACACACUGGCGAAAAACCGUACGCUUGCGAUGUGUGCGACAAAACGUUCAGUGAAAGUGGCCAUUUGACGACACAUCGACGCAUACACACUGGCGAAAGACCAUACGCGUGCGAUGUGUGCGACAAAACGUUCAGUGAAAGUGGCCAUUUGACGACACAUCGACGCAUACACACUGGCGAAAGACCAUACGCGUGCGAUGUGUGCGACAAGUUGUUCAGUGAAAGUGGGCAUUUGACGACACAUCGACGUACACAUACUGGCGAAAAACCGUACGCUUGCGAUGUGUGCGACAAGACGUUCAGUGAAAGUGGCCAUUUGACGACACAUCGACGCAUACACACUGGCAAAAGACCAUACGCGUGCGAUGUAUGUGAUAAAUCCUUCAGUCAUAGUAGAAAUUUGACGGUUCACAAACGGACACACAUGCCACACUGACCGGAUUGAUCAAAGACCUAUGACCCAAGGACCAUAUUCAAAUAGGAUAAAUCAUAUUAAGCUAUGGUAGCACUGUUGAUGUGUUAAUUUUGUGAGGUACAUAGCUAUUUCUGAAUACUAAAUUGAUAAAUUUUCAUUUGAAUUAAUAAAUAUUACAUUACAAUACUUAUCUUCGUAAAGUAGUUUUAAAUUUUCUAUUUAAAAUAUUUAAUAUAAAACUUGUGUAUUUUGGACUUCAAAAAUAUUGUCAAGUUAAAAAUAUUUGGUAAUCCAUCAUACUAGGGACUGUAUACCUAAUAUGAACGUGUCAAUGUUUAUCGAAUAUUAUGGUUUCAAAAAUGGUCAGUUGAGCGUGAUAUCAAGGUAGUGUUUUUUUUUUAAAUCAGUAGACUUUAAAGGUUAAUUUAUACUCGUUUUAGUAUUUGUAUGAACUAUGUUAUAACAAAUAAUAUAUUUGUGAUGAAUAAAAAAAUAAUUGUAUUGGUUGUGAAUAUUAAUUUAAAUAAUUUACACAUUUUUUACAAAUAACAUCAUAAUUACAUUUAACAACAGUUCUAAGAUAAAUAACAAUUUUAUAACUAGAAAAUAAAAACAAUUAAAAAUUAUAAAUUACACAUAAAUGAUUACCAAUAAAUUAUAUAGGUACUAUUAUUAUAUACACAAAAAAUUAACUAGGUGGGUGGUAGGUAUUUCAAACAUAAAAUUAUAAGACAAUAAUUUAUUGAUAAAUUAAAUCUUAUUUCUGAGUAAGUGAAAUUAUGAUAAAAUAGUGUGUUGUCACUUUAUCGGUUUUUACUUGCAUACUACACCACAGUACAAAGAGUACUAAAGAAGAUUGCCACUAUGUAUUUUCACUAUUUUUUGAUUGAUUUAAGAACAAGUUAUCAGAGACAUAGUAUUAAAUUUUCAAACUCUUUGACAAAGCAAUAAAAAAAGACUAAUAAAAUUGAAAACUGAAAAUGUUCCUAAACAGUUCAAAAUAAAUCAAAAUAUUUUGAAAAUGUUAUUGUGUAUUGAAAAUGCAAAUAUAAACAAUCAGUGAAAAUGUCAUGUAUAUAUGUUCAUUUGUUUUAGAGUUACACCAAAAACCAAAAUCGAUUUCGCGUAAAAAUUCCCGUAUUUCCUUAAUUUUAUGUAGUUUUUCCCGAUGCUUUUGAAAACUAUUGAACAUUUUAAAAUUUGACCUCCCGAAUGCACCAACUAGAUUUACUUUCCCAUCGAAGAAGAUACUGUCGAAGAAAGUCAAAGUAGUUUUACUGACGGACACAAAAAAAAAACACAGAUCAUUGUAAAAUCAAUACAUUCAGCGCUCCGCUCAGAAUCUAAAAUUGUAAAGUUAGAAGUUGGAAAAACCUUUUGUCAUGCAUACAAAUUGUAUCUGUCAUAUACAAGAAAAAGAAGGUAGGUAAGUGGAUGUCGCUCUGCUGUACAGUGGGUGAAAAGUGGGUCACUGUAAUGGAUGGUGUUAAAUUUGAAUUCAAUGAUAUAAUAUCAUUGUAUAAGAAAAACGAUUCUGAGCGAAAACGAUCAGUCAGCCUAUGAUAUUACCAAGUAUAUUUGAUGAUAUUAUUGUGAAUAAAAUAAUUUAUAUAUAACCUAUUUAUGUGGAUCUUUGUUUUAAAUUUUCAAUCCUUAGCUAUAAAAGUUGAAUAUUUUAUAAAUUUUCAACUACAAAAUAAUUAUUAAAUUUUGUCAAAAUUUGAACUUUAAAUGCUUAUAAAAAAAAUUGUGCUUUUGUAUUUUUAAUAUUUUUCAACUGCUAUUGUAACAUUAUAUCAGGAGCCUUGCAUUAAAUUGUCACGCUUUUUCAACAAAUACAAUUUUAUUUAUAUUUAUAAAAAAUAUCUAAAAAAAAUUUAAAACUGACUUUGUCCAUAAACUGCUCAAAAAGAGUCAAAUUAUUUUAUAAAUUUUAUCGUGUAUAGAAAAUGCUAAUAUAAACAUUCAGUGAAAUUUUCAAGCAUCUACAGUCAUUCGUUUUUUAAUUACAACAAAAUAAGAAAAUCGUUACAUGAGAAAUCGAGCGAAUAUCAAAUGUUGUAAAAAUAUGAAUUUCAAACGCUCAUAAAAAUUUAAUUUGACUUUCUUGUAGACAUUUUUUUUUGAUAAAGGUAGACAAACUUAUGAGGAAUCUUGUAUUAAAUUUUCAUACCUUAGAUUUAAAAAGAACAUUUUUAAUGAAUUUCUAACUCAAAAUAAUUUGCAAGGUUUCGUCAUUUUUACAUAUUUUGCCAAUAUUUAAACUUUAAAUGCUUAUAAAAAAAAAUUGUGACGAUGGAUUUCUAAUUUUUUUUAUCUGCCUUUGAAACAAUAACCUAGGAGCCUUCUAUUAAAUUUUCAAACUUUUUUAACUAACAAAUAAAAUUUUAUUGAUAUUAUUUUUUUUCUCUUGUUUUUUGCGUCGCUUUUGAAAACUACUGGGAAUUGUUUACUUUUGAAGAAAUUUUACUGUCCUAAAAGGUGAUGACAGACACAUAAAUAAAAAAAUAAAAAAAAACCACACAUCAUUAUAAAAUCAAUACAUUCAUCGUUUUGCUCAGAAUCUAAAAAAACACACAUUAUUGUAAAAUCAAUACAUUCAUCGUUCCACUCAUAAUCUAAAAGAUUCAAAUUAUUUUGAAACUUGUAUCUUGUAUGGAAAAUGGUCAAUGGUCAUAUAUUAUAAUCAUUUUGUAAAAAGGUGCGCGUCUACCUAAAAUAUCGGACUUAAAAUUCACAACCAAAAUAUAAACAGAUUUCUUCGUGUUUUUGAUGAAACGAAAAUAAUAAUAUAAUAGGUACUAAUCAUAAUAAUAAUAAUAAUAAUAAUAAUAAUAAUAAUAAUAAUAAUAUUAUGUUGUCGAUGUUUACAUUUCCGGUCGGACGUUGGUUUUUGAACGUUGUGCCCAUAUAGCAUAUGUGUAAUCAUCAUAUACGUAUUUUAUAUUAUAAUAAGUAGGUUUACAACGGUUUCCGACAAAAGUUUUUAGCGUAACAAACAACGAUGAUUACGAUGGGCCCUGACCCUCGGCGGAGUCCGACGACGAAGUCAUAUAUUUGCGUCUGGCCAAAAGUGGCCGGGAUACGUCCGAACGGCGGAAACGAAACCCUUUGGUACCCCGCCGAAACGGCACUCUGGCAAAGAGUGGUCGGUGGCGUAUUAAAAUUCUCUGAGCUCAUCAUCGGCGGAAUGUUGCUGCGAGCUGGCUGGCGCACAACGAUUAUUACUCGGGUCGAUGCAAAAGUGAAACGUUUUAUGCUCGCCGCCGAAAAGGGAUUUAAUGAAAUUCCAGCCGCCGACGCGUCCUCCGGCUAGGUAUUUACUCCAAUCAGAGCAUAAUAAUAUAGGAAACGUACAUAAUAUACAAAUAACAUAUAUAUAUAUAUUUAUUUAUAUAUAUAUAUAUUAGGGGUGAGUCGCAAAGUUGGCCGCGUCUCCAUGCCGUAUUGCCCGUGAAUAGCUCGUCGCGAGCCCUUAUAAUGUUAUAUAUAUAUAUAUUUGGUGCACAUGCAUAUACAUAAUAUAGUGUGUAACAGAAUCAAAUGAUGGAUGUAGUAUAACAAUAUUAUUGACCGAAUAUAAUAUAGUUAUAUUAUUAAUACAUAUCAUUUAAUCUUAAAGAUUUUUUAAUGAAUUUUUUUUUUAAUUUGUAUAUUAGUAGUUGUACACUUGUACUAUAGCUGUGCCAAAAAUGUUUUUUCUCAUAAAUAUGUUUAUGAAAAUGCGGGUAAAUGGAUGUCGUUCUGCUGUACAGUAGAUUACAAGUGGGUCAUUGUAUAAUGGAUUGUAUUAAACUUGAAUUCAAUGAUAUAAUAUCAUUGUAUAAGAAAAACGAUUCUGAGCGGAGACGGUUUGUCAGUCUGGAUAUAUUAUAUUGUUAUUAUUUAUUAUAUCAUGUAAGUUUAAUUAAUUUUAUAAAAUUAUAAUUUUUAUUCGUUUCUAUGGUGAAAAACAAAGCGUUAGAAAUUAAAAUACCAUUUUUAGCGGUUUUUCGUAAUUUUUCAGUGGUUUUUCCUGUGGUACUAAAUAACUAUUGAUAAAAUCGAAAAAUGAUCUCUCUAAAGUACCAUCUUGAUCCAAUUUUCUAGAAGAUGUGGUAGAUAUCGAAGCACUCCUUCUAGUAGAAAGUUUGUAUACAGGAUAAAAAAAAAAAAAUUAAAACUAUUGUAAAACCACUAGCUUCUUUGCUCCAUUUAGAAUCUAAAAAAAUGUAUAUGCUAUUAAUAUUUCUAUAUGCUACUAAUUAUAUUAAUAGUUAUAUAAUAUGUAUAACCAACGGGAACCCAGAUAUGAAUAAACAAAAUAUAAUGUACAUUUUUUUUCGUGAGCCAAAAACUGAAUUCACGUGUGAUGGUGAACCAUUCCUUAAUCAACCUAUGGAAAUUAAAAAAAAUCAGCUAUAACCACCAUCCGAGUCUCAAGGAAUCUAUUGAUAUACAUUUCAUUGACAAUUAUUCAUUAGGUAGUUUAUGAGUCUAUUAAUUACAGACAGGCAGACCAACGUCCAUUUUUAAUUUAUAAUAUUAUAUAGAUUUAGAUAGAUGUGGUAACCGUUGAUUGUAAUAUUAUAAUAUUUAAAACUAAUACUGAUUAAUGCAAAUGUCAUUACACUGCAGUUAGUUAAUUCUGUUACACACUGAAAACUUGUACCAUCGCCAUACAUAUUAAAAAUAAUUAAUAAUUAUGCAUGUGUGUGGUAUGUUUAAGUUAAAAAUUAUAGACAGGUAGCUGUAGAUGUAUAUCUUAGAAAUAUUAUUUUAUAUCCUUCCUGAUGAUAUUAUUACUAGAAUCAUAACAUCAACGCGAUUAGUCUCUCCAAUAAUUGAGUCAACUAGUUUUUCAAUGAUCCAUGAUUCCAGUCUUCGUGUUUUUUACAUAAACGGACUGGACGUGAUUGGAUCCACAGAGGGGCCCAUUGUCUAUUUACUCCAGAAAUUAUCCUUGGCGACCGUUAUAACAACAUCCUCUGAUAUACUUUAGUUCGUAAUUCUAUAAAAUCAGGAUACCUGAACGUACUAUAAUAAUCAGUCUGUAGGUUUUGUCAGCUACACACACACACACACACCCACACCCACACCUAAUAUAUAUAUCACACAAACGGGAAACGAGCUCGUAGCUUUCUAAAAGCACAGCAGCGAUAGCAGCAUGAUAUUUACUUAUUACUUUGACUAUAUGCUUGCUUUUACGGAAUUUAUGCACUCCGUGAGUUGUAGUUACAGCAGAUACCUUUUAAACUCGAAAGACAAUCACAUUCUGAUUCGUAUAAUAUUACGAAGUAUAAAAUAUACUAUAAAAGUAUAAUAUACCUGACUUUACCAUGUCAGUUUAUAUGAAAAUAAUAGGGGUGAGAUAAAUUGCCUUGAUCAGGUGAACAAAUACUAUAUUAGGCUUGAAAAAGUUUUAUUUUUUUUAUAUAACACAAGUAUAUUAGGUAGGCACCAGUUGGUUCACUACGUGAACUCAAUUAUUGGUUUAAAUGCAUCACGGAAAUAGUGAAACGGUACAUGCAAUGAUAGUAUGCCUCUGUUUGUUAAAAGUAUGAAUACGCUGCAUAUAAAAUAUUUCUUUAUUUUUAUAAAAGUUAUUCUUUGUUACAUACAAUUGGGGAAGGAGUUAUGUCGUCAGAUGCAACAUAUAUUGGAGGUCCGGCAACAAGACCUCCGUAAAUAUUUGUACAUUAUAAAAGGAUGAUGUCACAAAUAUUUCAAUACAAUGAUGGAUGGAACAGGUAGAUUCAAUAUUGAGUUAGACCCGCUCAAAUAAGUGGCGUCUGAUCGCAACCUCCGUCCAGGAAUAGAGUGGCCUAAUCAGGCGCGCGUGGGGGUGAACUUGAUUUGUAAUCUAUUGUCCUGAAGAGAACAGUUUAUAUUUACCCCAGGAUUUGGUGGUCCAGGAUCGUGUUCUUUGAUUGAAUUUGUGUCCCAAUGAAAUGGUUCUUGUUUCCGGUCGUUGGUUGUCCGCGUCUUGAAGAUGUUUCACCACGAUAUAUAUAUAAAAUGUUUCACCAUUUUUACAGUCGGAAUCAACGGGUUAUCUCCUUAUAUCUCACGGUGCUAUUGAUAGCGCGUCGGAGUUCUGGCUUACACCAUUCUUUGACGUCAGAUAUAACAAGAGGUUACCACCUAUAUAUAUAGCUUCAUGUCAAAAUGAGGUUAGGCAACCCGUGGCGAUUCGUCCACGCAGACUACUUGGUCUGGUGAUACGGUUCCCAGGUGGCGCUGAGGUUCGGCUCUUGUGCCGUAGUUCAGGUGUUGAUUAGAUCUGUACGAAAAAUAGUGGUGAUACUCUGGGAGUCGCACACAGGAUCGUAUCGGUCGACGCUGUUUGAUGAUCGUUGGUUCAGCUCUGGUAUGCCGUGGUCCGGCGUCGUUGAUUAGACCGUAAGAUCGAUUGUGACGAUGCUCAAAAUGAGUUGCGCACAGGAUCGUACCGGCCCGUUCUGGUAGCUUGUUACUGGCAUGUUUUAUCGGCUUCAAAUGUUCCUUCGGGUCUUCGGUGUUCGUUGUUUAGUGAGUGGUUCAAGACUGUUGAAGAAAUGGAAGUGAAUUGGAUUAUUGUAAUAUAUAUUAUUGCUUUGCUAUUGCUAUGGAUAACGGCCUGUGGCCUAAUGUCGGACUUUUGCCUUUUUCUUCCCGUUUGAGGUGUUUUCCGGAUUUUUUGGCCUGUCAUUUAAAUUUUGUCUGUGAAGUAAAUUGGUCUUAAAGUGAUUAUUCUCCGCUUGCUUUGCUUUGUUAGAGAACUCUGUAUCAAGCUUAAUACUUCUUUCAGAGAGAUGGAAGUGAAAAAUGAGAAUGAUGAGUUUGGGUUGGUAUGAGGCAAUUAUUAUCUCAGUGGUUUUCUAAGAAAGUGUUCUUUCGGAGAAGCCAUUGUACUGAUUUCAGUAGUAUGAUUGAAACCUGAAUUUUUAAUUUAUUGAGUGAGAGGAGAUUUGUUUUGUUUCAUGAAGUCUUCAAGUGUCAGGAUUUUUACAAAUGAUCUGAUAGUGUCGUUUGGCACUAACAAUACUUUUUCUUUACUCAUUGUAAAUUAUAAAUACAAUAUAACUGUGUCGUAUGAUUCCUGAUAUCACUAUGUAGACAAGAACAGCGUUACGUUAUAUAUAUAUACUUCAAAUUAUUUUAUUUUAAUAAAUGUAUGAAAACCACAUCUAUAUCUUCCUUCAUUAAUUUUCCAUAUUUUAUCGACAAUAAGCACUGUGAUUACAGCAUACAUUUUCCAAAAUUCUGAGAAAUCCAUAUAUUCAGACGAAUGAUCAUUAAAUAUAUGGGGUAAAUUCGUAUCAUCUUGUUUCAGUAUUAUUAAAAAGUUUUAAUAAAAAUUAUUGUCCCAUUUUAUACGUUUUAAUUGAUGAACAGAAGUUAAAGAACCAAAUAUUGUUUGAAAAGUAUUAUAAAAUAUAUAAACUUAUUCCAUUGCGUUACUAGAUGUACUAGAUCUUGUUUUGUCACGUUACACUUGAAUAAAAGAACAACCGAUAAAGGUUGUUUCACAAGGCAUCCAAUAUAAAUGUUUUAUCUAUUUUGUGGUUUUAUGCUUAAAAUUGAUUUGGCUAUUUUGGUGUCCAUGAAGUGAGCAAUAUUGAUUAAUUAUCAAAUUAAAGAUGAAAAUAUUUUGGUUCGACUUUAACCUAGUUGAUCGACUAAGUUUUUGCAAUGUAAGAUGGUGUUGACGUAUUGGUUGUUUUUUAACUUUGAAAUAUAUGGUACAUUUUUUAUUUAUUUACUUUUGGUUUGUUGUGGAUAAAAAUAAAAAUAAUACAACAUAGUUAGGUUAACAGUAAAAUCACAACUAAAAUAAAAUCCAGAAAAAAGUUAAAUAUAUACUAUAAUGUAUAAGCAGAUGAUAAUAGUUUGAUCACAUUACAAAAGUUAAAAGUGAUUAUUAAUACUCAUGGCUAGUUGACCAUUACAUCAGGUGUAUCAUUAACAUACUUACUUACACUAAAUUUAAAUUUAACAAACUCUUAACCCAACGGCCAACGCCUUAGUCCACUAGACUAUGAGUCUACGAACAAUUAAAUUAUUAUUUUGUACUGUUUAUAAGUAGUUAUAAUGAAUUAAAAAAAAAAAAACAAAGUAACACUGAACUAGAAAAAGCCAGAAAUGACUCAAAACUAAAUUGGAAAAUUAUUAAAAACGAGACAAACCGUUCUAAAACAAAUUCCUUUAUUCAAACUAUUGAUAACAAAUUUGGUGAAAAACUGCACUCCGCAGAUAAAUGAAAAGAAAAAAAAAAUAUCGAACUAUUUUAAUGAGUACCUACUUUACAAAUGCAACACAAAACAUGUACAACCAAAUAAAACUCACGAGAUAAAAUAUUCAUAACAUAGAAUGUACAUAUACUGAACAACUAACCUCAAAUACUACAGACAUGUUAUUUAAUAUAUUUGGCGUAAUUGAUGAUGAAGAAAUUAUAAAAGCAAUAAAGGCUUUAAAAAAUGAUUCUUCUCCAGGAUUAAAUGGAAUCUCAGUAAGAAUGCUCAAAUUAAAUAUACAUUCAUUGGUUAAACCACUAUCACACAUUUUCAAUUUAGCUAAAGCAACAUCUACUAUUCCGGAAUGCUUUAGAAUUUCAGUAAUAACACCAAUACACAAAAAAAGUGACAAAUCUAACAUUGAAAAUUAUCUCCCAAUCUCACAAAUAUCAAAUAUUGCCAAAUCUUUUGGAAAAAUUAUUAAAAAAUUAUUAGUCCAUGAUUACCUUAAAAGUAAUAACCUUCUAUCGUGUACCCAAUUCGGUUUUAGAUCUGGUAAAAGUACUGAACAAGACGUAAUUUCAAGAGUAUCAAGCUAUUAUAUUUAUAAUUCUUUCGAAAAUAAAAAAAUAUGCACUUGUUUACUUGGAUCUAGCAAAAGCAUUUGAAACUAUUGAUCAUAAACUAUUACUACAAAAUGUUAACACACUUGGUAUCAAUGGAAUGGCUCAGAAUUUAUUAAGUUCAUAUUAUAAAAUAGAAAACAACACGUUCGAAUAAACAAUGAAUUAAGCGAAGAAACUUCAAUAAUAUGUGGUGUACCUCAAGGGACAACUCUAUCGCCUACACUGUUUAAUAUACAUAUAAACUAAAUUAAUUACUUGAAUACACACAGAAAACUAGUUUGCUACGCAGAUGAUACAGUACUUUUUGCUGAAGGCCAAUCUUGGGAUGAAGUAUUUGCUAGUGUUCAAUCCGACAAAAGUAAAAUACAAAAAUGGCUAUGUGAAAAAUAAUUUAAUCCUAAACUUAGAAAAAACCUACAUAUUACCACACUAUAUAGUUAAUUCGAAUCAACCAAAUAAAACAAAUCUAUGUAUACAUGAGAAUGACUGUUUAAAUCAAAAUAUAUGUACAUGUCAGACCUUUGUAAAAAUAGUUAAAAACUGUGAAUAUUUAGGUAUAGAAAUGUGUCAUAAUCUUAAAUGAAAUUACCACAUAAAAUGUUUAACAAAUAAAUUAAGAAAACUUAUGUAUACAUUUAAAAAAUUGACAGAUAUCUAAGAACUUAAUGGUAUUUCUAUAUGGGGAGGUACGUAUGAUACAACUAUAGAUCCAUUAAAAAAAAAUACUUAAUAAAAUACUAAAAUUAUCCUAAAAAAAGACUCAAGAUAACACACAAAAUAUUUAUACUAUGAUAUAAAUGUACUACCAAUAAAAAAAAAUAUUUUAUAAAGCGUCAGUACUUUACAUAGUUAAGAAUAACCUUACUUUUGAAACUGAACACGGUCAUAAUUCUAGAAAAAUAUCUUAUAUCAAAGUACAAACUAUGCACAAAAAACUAACACAAUUCACAUACUCUUAUAUUGGUCCAAAAAUUUACAAUAUACUACCAUUAGAAAUUAUACACAGCAACUUUUUAAGAUUCUAAAAAAAAAAAUUACACUUUGGCUAUUACAAGAACAAAAUAUAGACAGACUCAUAACAAACAUAGGUAUAUAGGAUUACUGCAUUAUUUAUCAUAUUAGUUGUAAGACUUUAGUAACUAUCGUUAAUUUUAGUUUUAUAUUACCAUAUUAUAUUGUUUAAUUUAACUACACAAUUUUUUACAUAACACUAUAUUAUAACAUUAUAUUAUAUAAACAAAGAGAAGAAAAUAUAUAUUUACUUAUAUAUUAAUAUUAUAGUUAUGUGAGAAAUGUAUAUUACAAAUUUUAAUUAUUUAAUUUAAUGAAUUUAAUAUUUAUAUUUCAAAUUGUGAACUCAUGGGCCCUCACACGAACGUGUUCAGUGGAGCCUCUUAUCUUGUUGGAGAAUAAAUAAAAAUUAAAAAAUUAAAUAUUUAAAUAUUAUAUACACUUGGAUAGAAAUACUAUGCUGAAAAUGAUUUCCCACUGGCCACUGGCCUUCCAAGGGUAAACGUUUUAGAUAACCGUUUCGAAAUCCUCUAUAACUGUAGAACACUGGGAUAAAACCAACAAAUACUACCAACUAUUACCUAUAGCGUGGCCAGAUAAAAAAAUAAUUAAUUUACUUUUAACUACAGAUAUAGAUAUGCAUCAACAUGAUAUUUUCGACUAACUUAUUACUUAUUUACUAAAAUACUAUCUACUUAGAUACACAAUAAUGAUUUCGAAUAAAAAUAAAUGAAUUAACAACAUCGAUUUAAUCAAAACGUUGUCAUUAAAUUGCUCACCUUUGAAAAGUAACAGGUAGGUAUUAUUCUUAUUAUUUACGUUCGGCAGUUGAUCAGCUUAAUUCAAUUAUAUUUUGUUAUUAUUUUAUGAUCAUUUUCAAAUUCAUAAAUAUUAAAAUAACUUAUACUUAAAAAUAUUUUUAUUUGAACAGACGGCAUUCGAAAAUGUGAUCCUAUUAGAUUUAAGAUUUGGAGUCUUGGAGACAUAUAUAAAAACAGGAGAAAUACAUAGCCUACAAUAAUAUGAAGAUAUAUAAAUAGUGUAUUGGUAUUAUACUUCUAAUAAUAUAACUUCAUAAUAAUUCAGAUAUACUUUUGAAUGAUUUAUAAACUCCUUUAUACUAAUAUUAUUGUGUAUAAGAUGACCAACGAUG